UCUCUCUCUCUCCCCAAAACCCUAGAUGUAAGAAUGGCAUCAAGAGAUCUCAUCACAAGCUACUCGAAGCUCCUCUCUCGAAUGGCUGUUCGUUCCCUUCGCACCUUCGCUUAUUCCGACUCCAAUUCCGAAUCAUAUAUUCCAACUAACAAUUCGGAUUCGGACUCGUGCUCCAAACAACUUCCUCACGCUGAAGGUAAGAAAAACAGAGCAUUCAAUCGAUUCCUAAAAGAAGGACCAGCAUAUCCCUGCAAAGAUGAUGAUCAACACUUGAUCAAUCCGCAAAUGAUGAUGAGGAACACUUGCGACAGCCGGCAAUGGUUUAUAAGCUUAGAGCCUGAUGCAGUUAGAGAUGUUGUGAGUAAUACCUUUUUUACUAAUGAAGCUGGUGAUGCAAUCAACGGUGAGGGCCCAGGUAAGUGUGUUUAUGAUGCAUGUUCCCUCAUUUUUCAUAACUUUUCCAUUCGAAUGAUAUAAUUUUGUUACAAGUUAUGUGAUCCAAAAGCUCUAUUUAUAGCUUAUGAGCUUAGAGCCUGAUGCAGUUGUAUAUUUUCAUUGUUUUAACCUCUACUUCUCUGUUCAUUUGCAUUAUCCUCGUAAUAUGGUGCACAAUUUUUUUUUUUUUUUUUUAAUAUUUGUUAUUUGAAAAAAAAAAAAAAAUCCAUUUUGAAUUUGGGUAGGAGCAUCCUAUAGAUUGAUACCCCAUAUUUAAAGAGAUAAAAGGAAAAAGAAAAAUA